GGAAGCAGAUUUAACCGGCUGAAUGGGGCGCGUUUUGCUGUUUCUUCAUUGCAGCUGGAGGGUUCAGGUUUUCUGCGGAGAGAGAAGAAAAGGCCAGCCCAGGCUUCUCAGGUUCUCUUCAAUGUUCUCCAAGCAUGGCGUUGACCACUACAGCAAUUUUGUGAUUGGCUCAACCAUGCCUUUUCUUCGAAUCACCUAGCACUGGUGUCUCCAGCUGAAAGCAGUCAUGUUUUGUUCUGUAAUAAGAGGAAGAAGAAUGACUCACCCUGGCACAAGCACAACAUUCACUAAAGAUGGACAGACUAAUUUGGAACAAGUGAGACUCAGUGUUGAUGAACCAGUGGGCUCAGCCAUUUCACGUUCCCCUGGUCAACCCCAGAAACAAACAGAAGGCACUGAGGAGAAAUCCUGUUGGCCAGCAGUUGAUGAACUUAAAGCAACAUUGAAGAUACACUGUCCAAAAGAACUAUUUUUCCUCAUUGGUAUUGUCAUUGGUGUGCUACUGGGUAAAUUCUUGUUACCUUCAUGCCCAUCAGUUACUCCGUUAUGCCUACAAGACUGGGUUGGGUAUAACAGAAGGUGCUACUUUUUUUCUGAUGAUGAAGGGACCUGGGACACUGCCCAAAGCAACUGUUCUUUCCAUGGUGCUUCCCUGGCUGUAAUAGACACUCAAAAGGAGAAGGAUUUCCUACUACAACAUAAAGGUGCGAGUGACUACUGGUUUGGCCUCCGGAGGAUAGAUGAACAGCCCUGGAAAUGGACGAAUGGUUCAGACUUCAACAAUUGGUUUCCAAUUGGCGCAAAUGGCCCUUGCGCCUAUCUGAACGAUGAAGCAGCCAGUUCAACAUGGUGUGACACAGAACGAAACUGGAUAUGCAGCAGACCCGAUCAUAUUUCUUGAAGCCAGGUUCUGGCGAAUGGGGAGGCAUAGAAAUUUUCUAAAUAAAUAAAAUAAAAUAAAUAUA